AUGUUCCGUUUAGCCAGGAUGAGCGUCGAUCGCUCAAUACGCCGGUUAAAGGUGCUCCAGACGAUCCUCCAUGAUGGCUACGCUAGUAAAGACGCCUUACUUGCCAUUCGCUGGUGUUCUGACAGUGCUACCAAAGAGGGCGUGGUCAGUAUCGGGGACAUAACUUUGCCUCUAAGGGCGGGGCGUGCACCUGAACUGAUCCCAGUGAAGUAUUUGCCUGAGAAUCCACCUCAGUCAGUGCUGCGACACCUCCGAUGGAUCAUGCAGAAGGAUGCUAUUGGCCAAGAUGUCUUCCUCAUUGGUCCUCCGGGUCCCUUGCGUCGACAGAUCGCUAUGAUGUAUCUAGAGCUGACAAAACGCGAGGGAGAAUACAUAUCGUUAUCAAGAGAUACGACAGAGAGCGACCUCAAACAGAGACGCGAAAUCAGGUCAGGGACGGCCUUCUAUCUGGACCAGUGUGCGGUGAGAGCGGCUUUGGAAGGGCGCAUUCUCAUAUUAGAGGGUAUAGAAAAAGCAGAGAGGAACGUUCUGCCCAUCCUGAACAAUUUGUUGGAAAAUCGUGAAAUGCAACUGGAUGACGGUCGCUUUCUCAUGGCGGCGGACAGAUAUGACAAACUUUUGACUGACCAUACUCAGGCGGAACUUGAUCAACUUAAACUUGUUCGUGUUAGUGAGAACUUCCGUGUGCUUGCGUUAGGACAUCCUGUUCCCAGGUAUCAAGGUAACCCCUUGGAUCCCCCUCUUAGGUCCAGAUUCCAGUCACGUGACAUCACCUCUCCGCCUUUCAAAGAACUGCUUGAUUCAUUACAGACAGAUAUGAAGAAUGUCCCGCCACAACGUCUUUCACAGAUGCUAUCCUUCGCCACAGCGAUCAUUACAAAGGAAUCAUCUUCAUUAGGUUUACCUGAUUUUCCCAUUUCUAAUCUAGUCAACAUUAUACGGAUCCUGGAUUCUGUUCCUAUAAUGUCCUCACAAGCGUUGCUACAGAUACUGUAUCCAUACAACACAAUGCUUGGUAAGGAUGGAAAGGUAGCUGUUGAAAGAAUUUUACAAAAGUUUGAAUUAAUGGACGCCAAAAAACAGAAACAUCUAAAGAUCACUUCAAUCAAACAAAAAGAUGAUGGUUCUUCUCAGGUCGUGCUCAAUGAACGGUUUCCUUUGACAGUAAACAACGGUUUAUUUGCUCAAAACCAUAAUGUAGGAGAACAUCAGUUUGUGACGACAAAAUAUCACGAAUCUCUCCUAGCUGAGCUCAUGAUGAGUCACACAUGUAAAGACUUGUGUAUCGUCGGCCCGAAGGGCAGCGGGAAAAGUGCACUAGUAGGUGAGCUGGCCUCCUUAUUAGGCUAUCGUAUCGAACCCAUAAUGCUCUAUCAGGACAUGACGUCACGCGAUCUUCUGCAGCAGCGAAUCACGUUACCAAAUGGUGACACGUCCUGGCGUCUAUCACCCCUUGUUACCGCUGCCAUAGAAGGCAGUCUGGCAGUUCUUGACGGUGUUCAUCGGAUAAAUCAGGGGUCGUUCUCCAUUCUUCACAGAUUAAUACACGACCGAGACCUUCAGCUGCUUGACGGAUCGCGUUUACUUAGGCAUGACCGAUACCAAGAAAUGAAGAAAGAACUGAAUUUGACCGAUGAGCAAAUGUCAGAAAAAGGAAUACUGCCUAUCCACCCGUCUUUCCGGAUGAUUGCUUUGUCAGAGCCUCCUGUUGCGGGUAGCACUAAGCAGCAAUGGAUGACACCGGAAUUACUAACGAUGUUCUUGUUUCAUAACCUACGUCCUCUGUCAAAGGCAGAGGAGUUAGAGGUCAUCCAUAAAGUGGUCAAAAACUCUCCAGACAUGAAUUCCCUGAUAAGCUUUGUACACAAAUUACGGACAUCUACUGACCCAGCAAUGGCCUCUAUAGCAUCAUCAUUAUCAACCAGACAACUGAUUCGCGUGGCGAAGAGAGUAGCGCAAUUUCCAUCCAAAGAUUUGUACGGGAUCGUUGAAAAAGCAUGUCUGGCUAGGUUUCUGCCACAGCUACCUAAGGCAGGCCUCCAUCAAUCAAUGGAGAAUGAAGGCAUUAAGCCAAUUAAAAACGUCCAAACUGACAGUUUGACGCUUGAUCAGUCGAUUACUAGUGAAGUUAACAACGGAAUGUUACGUAUUGGGCAUACGACAGUCCCGUUGUUUAAUCCAAACAACAAGACCAAAGUCCCGGAUGUAUUGUUCUACGAUAACCCUCAGCAUUUGGGUGUUAUGGAGGACAUGCUGAAGGACUUCUCACUGGGCGAGAACUUGUUGCUAGUUGGCAAUCAAGGUGUCGGUAAAAAUAAGAUCGUGGAUCGUUUCCUAUACUUGCUCAAUCGUCCCCGUGAGUACCUUCAACUUCACAGAGACACAACCGUUCAGACCCUCACUCUACAGCCCACUGUCAAAGAUGGAGUUAUCGUGUACGAAGAUUCUCCUCUUGUUUCUGCCGUUAAACAGGGCAACGUCCUUGUGGUUGAUGAGGCAGACAAGGCACCGACUCAUGUAACAUGUAUACUGAAAACCUUGGUGGAAUCAAAGGAAAUGCAUCUUGCAGACGGUCGACGGAUAGUUUCACCUCAUUCUAGUAUACCUCCUUCGGAAAAUAUAAUCAAAUGCCAUCCUGACUUUAGGAUGAUUGUUCUUGCGAACAGACCAGGAUUUCCGUUUUUAGGAAACGACUUCUUCGGGUCGAUGGGUGAUAUAUUCAGUUGUCAUGCCAUAGAUAACCCGGAUAUGGAAUCCGAACUAGCUAUGCUCAGACAGUACGGGCCAAAUGUACCAGAAACAACACUAAAAAAGCUGGUUCAGGCUUUUGGAGAACUCCGUAAUAUGGCAGACCAAGGAUUGAUAGCAUAUCCGUACUCUACCCGUGAAGUUGUCAACAUCGUCAAACAUAUACAAAAAUACCCAGACGAGGGACUCACAACAGUCGUCCGUAACGUGUUUGACUUUGAUUCGUACAGUAAUGAGCUGAAAGAUACGAUAGUGCAAACUAUGCAUAAGCACGGUAUUCCGUUCGGGGCAACUGAGGCUGUGGUAAAUUUGGCAAAGCAAUUACCGCUACCGUCGUUCAGACUCACAGGGAAAUGGGAUAUGCAGAGCGGACAAGGUCGUCGCAAAACUGCAAUGAUGAGUCUACCGGUCGAGUCGUCUAAAGUGCAGUUUCGUGGACCGAUAGAGGUCGCUGUUCAGGCGACAGUGUUAGAGAAGCGAGAAGCCAGAGCUGGUAUUUUCACAGAACAGGAUGCCUUUUGGACGAUUCCAGUGCACGAAAAUAAUAUCAUAAGUGGUGUAGCGGUUACAAAGAAAGGUAAUCGAUCCGAAGGAAAAAAAGACACGGACGUCAUCCAUAUAGCUACCUCAAACCCUGUUUCCUUGUAUUCUUUAAACCCGAAGUUAUCCACUGUAACACAUAUUGAUAUGUACGAUCUGUUUCCAACAACUUCCGGAUCUUACCAACCGAGGGUCAACCUUGCCCCGAAGUCAGCCCCGUUUGACAAUACCAUUAUUCUGCACGAGGAGGUCAGUAACGCUGUAUUUCUUGUCAAUUUUGAAUCAGGAGAAAUCGGGCGGAUCAGGUCUCCUUAUCUUCCGGAAACAGUAGUUGAAAAGAGACGAUUUCCAUCUUUCCAACAGAAGAAGGAGAAACAAAACGAGUUUCGCAUGUGUCACUCACCAGUUGUUGAUGGUAAAGGUACCUUAAUCUUUUACAAAGUUGGUGGCGAUACAUUGGUGGCCAUUACAGGUCCAGUAUCGCAUUCCGUGUCUCUGCCAUUCGCAGUCGAAUCUAUACAUCAAGUGAGUCCUAACCAAUGGCUAGUCACUUCUACUGAAAACCACAACAAAAACUUAAUUACGUGCACCGACGAUUAUGAAUUCAUAUUGAGGUCGGUGCAAGAGGAAGGACAAGAGACAGUUGUUGACCAUAUGGCAACUGUGCCACUGAGCGAACAGCUUCUGAAAAGUGCAAUUAAAAAGGACGUAACAUCAGUUAACCGUGUCAUUGUGACACCAGACACAUAUGCUUCAGUGCUGGUUGGAUUUCCAGAUGGUGAUGCAUCAGAGGUUUACUCGACGCCAAGAGAGUUAGUGCAAGAUGACAGCAUGAUAGAUCGAAUGAGCAAACUACGGGCGCCUUACGGAGAACAGACUGACGCAGAAACACGCUAUCCGAUUGUUUAUCUUCCUGAAAGUGGUAUGGUUGUGCAGGCCCUUCCUUCAUCAAAAGUUCCUUUGUCGUUGUUCCCAGACGGUAAGCGUCCGAGUAACAACAGUGGCUUUCUGGAGAUCACUGAUCUAGGUAACCGCACUCUGAGGUACAUUCCAGUUCCAGCAGCGGGACGAGUUUCUUCCUACGCUUCUUGGAUUUAUCAUUCUUCCAGUUCCACAUUACAUAUGGCCCCCACUAGUAAUGACGGCGUAGUCACCGUUGACGUGUCAGGUUGUGUGCGACUUUGGGAACCUGCUGUCAUAAAUCUAGAGCGAUCUCUGCAAGAGUGGAAGAACAUGAUUGGUUUUACGGAUGGAAAAGAACUUCAGAUAACCUACGAACGCGAAAGUGGUCGCAAAGCGGAUGGUCCUAAGCACGGAAAGAUUGAUAAGACCAACGCUCCACAUGUGGGCGGUAACCAGUGGGCGGGAGGCACAGGUGGUAGCAAUACUGCAGGCCUUGGAGGUUUAGGUGGACCUUACAGACUUGACGCCGGCCACAAAGUAUACCAGGUCCCACAGGCGGAGAAAGAUGCAGUUCCAGAGGAGGUCCGCCAGGCUGCACGAGAGAUGGCACAGAAAGCUUUCAAAGACAGACUCCGUGAGAUCAACAUGAGCGAAUAUGACGCAGAAACUUACAACAACUUCCUGAACCACGUGCGGGGCCAGGUCCAGUCCUUAAGGGUUAUUCUGGACAGUCUUCAGGCCAAAGGCAAGGAACGGCAGUGGCUUAAAAACCAAGCUUAUGGCGACUUGGACGACGCGAAGCUUAUAGAAGGCAUCACAGGUGAGAAAUCCAUUUACAAGAGGCGUGGAGAAAAGGAACCCGAGCUGGGCACACCCCAAGAGAAACCAAAACGCAUGCGCCUGGUAGUUGACGUUUCCGGGAGUAUGUACCGUUUCAAUGGUUAUGAUGGCCGCUUGGAACGCGAGAUGGAGGCCACGCUUAUGAUGAUGGAGGCUUUGGAUGGAUACGACGAGAAAAUUAAAUACGACAUUCUUGGACAUUCUGGAGAAGACUUUAAGGUACAAUUAGUGAAACCUGAUAAGGUUCCAGCCAACAACAAGGAACGCUUGGUGGUUCUUAAGACGAUGCAUGCACACUCCCAGUUUUGCCUGAGUGGUGACAACACUUUAGAGGCCACGCGUCACGCCAUCAAAGGUCUAAGCGAGGAGGAAGCCGAUGAACAUUUUGUUAUAGUCUUAAGUGACGCUAAUUUUGAUCGUUACAAUAUUUCACCUAAAAAGUUUGGAGAGAUACUUCGCUCCAAUGAUAAGGUGAACGCCUACACGAUAUUUAUAGGAUCUCUGGAAGACCAGGCCUCCCAGUUGAUAAAACAUCUCCCGUCAGGGCAUGCCUUUAUCUGCUUGGACACCAAGGAUCUCCCACAGAUCUUACAACAGAUUUUUACAUCUACCAUGCUCUCUUCAAGUUAGACUAACUGGACAUCUGUAAACUAAGUGAAAGACGUAGGCGUAAGGCAGUAGAACCAUGUAGUCGUCAUUAUUUUAUUUCAUUAACUUAAUUUCUCUUUAAUCUUAAAUUAAGUGUUUAAACUUAAAUUAAAUAAAUUAUACUGACAGCGGUUACAUUAGGGAUAUUCACAGUCAUAUGUACAACCCAAAAUAACUAAACUA